AUGAACAUGAUUGUACAUCAUCAACUUUCAUCCAGUCUCAUUUUAAAUGAAGAAGAGAUGUCAAAUACAUCAAUAGAUCUGCAAUAGGAAAUGCAAGAUUCAGUUCAAUUCGAGAAUAGAGACAAUUUCAACAUACAAUUCAAUAGAUAAUCAAUGAUGCAUGAGAGUACAGAAUUGGGAGACACCAUUAAUAAACAAUUGAUUGAAGAAGAACAAAAAUAGUUGUUACUUAAUCAAAUCACUGAAUUGAGAAUGAAUAAUCAACAAUUGGUAGAAGAAAUCAAAGAUUUACAUACUGCCGCUGUCGAACAAAAUGAGCAUCUUUAAGCAAAGAACACUGAGAUUACAGAAUUAAAAUUGCUCAUUCAUGAACAGAAACAAUAAAACAGAAAAGCAGAUGACACUAUAUAACAACUAAAAUAAUAAAUUUAAGAUUUUGAGUACAAUAUAUUUGAGAAAGAUGAAACCAUAGUAGAAUUUGGAGAACAAAUUAAGAAAUUAGAAAUGAAAAAACAGUAAUUGGAAUUGUCGCUAAAAGAAAGUAGAAAUCAUGUUGCUGCUUAGAAAUAAUAAAUUAAUAGUUUAUUAUUAAAUUGUUCUCAAAUCAAUAUUGAUGAAAUUAAAACAGAAAUUGAUAAUGAAUAAACUAAACAUUUACAAUCAGAAAUCUAAUUAUUGCAAGAAAGUUAUGAUUAAUUAUUAAAAGAAUAAGAAGAAUCAGAAUUAAGAGAUAAUCAAAAAUAAGAAUAAUUAAAAAAGGAUUCCCUUCAAUAUUAACAAACUCUCGUAGAAUUGUAGUUGUUGAAGCAUACUCUAAAUUAGAACACUUAAGAAAUGUUGUAGUAUGAUGAAUUGAUCGAAAAAAAUGAAACAACCAUUUAAUAACUGGAGGAUACCAUCUAAUCUUAAAAUGAAAGAUACGCACAAUUAUCAAAAAAAUUCUAUAAAUCCAAAUUAGUAGUUAACGAACUGAAACAUAAGGUAUAAGACUUAAUGCUUUUGCAAUAGAAUGAUAAGGCAAUCAUCCUCUAAUAAUAAAAUCAAAUUAAUCAGACUAAGAAGGACUUGGGUAAAUUUCGAUAUCAAAGGGAUAGUCUAAUCGAAGUUUAAUCUAAAUUGUUGAAAUCUCAGUAUAUGGAUGAAGAAAUUCCUACAAAGAAAUAAUUGGAUGUUAAAGCAAAUGAGAUACAACAAUUAUUGAAUGAAUUGAAUCAAAAAAAAGAUGAAUUAACUUAAGAGUAGUAAUAACACUUUAAAUCGCAAUAGUAAAUUUUAGAAAUGAAAACAAAUUCAUCUAGUCUUGAAUAAAAAUAAAUCAGAUUGGAAGAAGAACUAAGAUCACUAAAUAUGAUUAUUAUCUAAUAAGAAAAUAAAAUUAGAGAUUAUUGUUAAUAAAAUUAAGAUAUCAAAAGUCAAAAUUUAGAAUUACUUACAAGAAUGUCUUAAUUUGACAAAGAAACUACUUAAAUCAUCAAAUAAUUCAAUUAAGAAAUUCAAAGUUUGAAACAAAAUUAUAAUUUACAUGAAUAAUCGUAUAAGGAACUUGAGACAGUGAAUCUAGAAUUAAAUGAUCAACUUAAUGGUCAAAGUGAAUUGACUCAAAAAAAAAUUCAGAAAUUAAGUGAGGAGAAUAACUAAUAAAAGAUACUUAUUUCAUAGUUAUAAGAGAAAUUAUUGCUCAUAAAUACAAGAUAAGUCAAGGAGUAAUUUUAACAAACUUAUUUGAAAACUAAAUCAAUUUCCUUAUAGACAGAUCCAAUUGUUGAUAAGCUAGUUAUUUAGAAUGAAGAGGAUAAGUUAAGAGAUGUGGAAAAUACAAUUAAUUUUAUUAUCAAUAAUUUGGAUACUAUGAAGGAGAAGAUUAAUUUGAAUCAAAGCAAUAUAAACGAGUUACUUGGUUUUAAAUAAAUAAUUUCUAAUUUGAUUUUAAAACAACAAGGAGGAGUUUAAGAGAAUGAGUAGUGUUAGGAAUCAACCUAGAUUCACACUCCUAGAUCAAUUGAAAAAAAGGAUAAUAAGGAGUUUGAGUGUCUUAACUAACAAAUUCAUUCUUUAGAACUUUAGAUAUUGGAAAAGGUUUCAAUGAUAAACGAACUCUAAUUGUAAUUAUAAAAAUAAGAAUAAUAAAUAGAAAAUUUGAAAUUAAAAGAAACUGAAAAGCAUCUUUUGGAUAUUAUUGUUUCAGAUAGGCAAUAAUUAUGUGAAUGCAAAUUAUAAUAGGAAUACAAUAAAUAUGUUUCUGACAAUCAAAAUUUUGAUCGCAUUAAGCAAUUGGAGAGUCUGAAUAUAUAACUUAAAAUAAAGCUUGAGGCAUAAUAGGAGAUAGCCAAGGAAAACUUACGCUUAAGAAAGAAGAUUGCCACUCUGGAGAAUUAGGAGAUGAAGCAAAGUUCGACUUCCCCCUAGAAAAUCUUUAAUAGCAAAAUAACUCUUAAUACUUUUUAAACUAAUUCUACAUAGAAGUCGAUUGAAAAGAAGAGAAGCCACAUCGGAAAUUAAAAUUGUCACUCAUAUUAGAGUGGUCUUAAGCAAUAAUUAAUUGAAUCAGAUACAAUUUAAUCGAAAAGAUAUGUAGAUAUGUUAAAAAAAUGCAUAGAGGAAUAGCAGAUGAAGCUAUAAUAGAGAGAGGAUUUGAUGAAAUAAAGCUUUGUUCUUUUAAAUAAUUUGUCAACAGAUUUAAAAAAAAAAUUAAAUCUAAUUAAUAGCGAAGAUUUAACGAAAAAAAAAUAAGUUGUUACAUUUAUUGAAAAAGUCUAGUUGUAAGUCGAUUUUGUAAUGAAACGACUCUUAUAAUAUAGAAAUACUGAUUGUGUUUCACCAACUCGAUUAGGGAAAGACUGA